AUGGCGCAACUGCCGGGCAGUUUUCCGAGGCCCGAGGUGAACGACGCCCUGCACUUCGUGGGGCAGGUCAAAGAAAUCUUCGCGUCCGAUCUGGCCGUCUACGACGAGUUCCUCGGCCUCCUCGGCCGCUUCUACCGGGGCGAGGUCGCCGCCGACUCCCGGGCCGUCCUGGCCAGGCUGUUCGCGUUCCUCGACGGCCAUCCCGACCUUUCGCAAAGCCUCCGCGCCUUCUUGCGCCGCCCCUUCCAGCACGGAGCCGACGAGCCCGUCAUCCGCGAGGAGGAUCGUCCGCCCAAGCGGCCCAAGAGGGAGCGCCGCCACCCCCACCCCGUCGACGCGGACUGCGCCGAGGCCAUGCGGUUCCUCGAGCGGGUGAAGCGGGCGGACGCCGGGCUCUACGACAGGGUCCUCGCGCUGCUCUUCCACGUCGGGGCGGAGGUCAAGCUCGACGCCAAUCAGAUCUACGACAAGGCCCGGAGGAUUUUCGGGCCGGCGCACGGCGAUCUCCUCCGCGGUUUCAUGGCGUACCUUCCCACGGGACGUGACUUUCUGAGGCGACGCCCUCUCCCCAAGAAGGAGCCGCCAGAAGAGCGCCCUGCUCCGGCUCCGGCACCAAAGCGCAAGGCCCCCGCCGCCGCGAUCCCUGCCACCGACGCGGCUGGCAAGAAGAAACCCCGCGUCGACGAGCGCAGGACGACCAACCGACGCGCCUCCCCAACAACCGUCGACGCCCCCAAGAGCGGCGACAAGUUCUCCAAGUUUAGGGAGGCGUGGGAGUUCGAGACCGCGUACACCAAGCUCGUGGUCACCAUGAGACGCACCAAGAAAGCACUAGAAGAGCUCAAGCCAAAGCCAGAGAAGAAAUCGCCGGAAGAGGUCAAGCCGUCGUCGCCGUGCCACCGCAUGCGGCCGCGCACGUUCGAGGAGCUCUACCCCGGGCGCGAGUGCCGGGAGGUUCUCCGGGAGAUGUACGGCGACAGGUUGGGACCGAUGCGGGAGGCGCUCGAGGACGGCGCGCGCACCGAGCUGGCUCUGAGGACGAUCAAGCGCAGGCUGGAGAAGCUGGAGCAGGCGGCCGUGAAGAUGACGAGGGAGCGGCGGGAUCCCGCCCGCGUUGUGCGCCCGAUGUGCGAGCUUGUUGUAGAUCGGGUGGCGGUUCUUCGGGGUCGCGCGGAAGCGGAAAGUGCAGCGGCGCUCAAUCGUGAUGGCCCGUGCGAGAGCCCGGCCGGCAUGUCCGAGACCAAGAUUGCCGGUGAGCAGUGUGGCAUGAUUUAG